GUCAGAGUGGAACAAAGGUGAAAAAAUGUGUUUUGCAAUAAUAAUCCAAAGCAACGAACAGACGAGACACACACAUUUACUGUAAAUACAGAACAAUACCAGAACAAAACGGAUCCAAAGAGAUUUCCUUUUAAGGUUACUGGAACUUUAUAGUCGAUUCCAAUGGAACAUGCCAAGAAAUCCCUUAAUGUGUUUGCAACCUCUCUUUCAAAAUGCAUAUCAGCCUGCGGUUCUAUGACUCAGCAGCUCUUGCCAAGUUGGCCUCAGCACUCCAGACCCUUCCGGGUCAUUAACUCUGACCGCUCCAUUAAGAAAGGCAUCAUGGCCAAUGACCUGAGAAACCUACAGAGCAAGGUGAUGGAUAUAUUCCACAUGCACUGCAUCAGGUCUUUAGUGUUGGAUGAAGAUGGAACUGGAGUGGAUACAGAGGACUUUUUUCAAACCUUAAAAGAUAACACUGUCCUAAUGGUUUUAGGGGAAGGACAGAAGUGGGCUCCACAGCAGAAACACCUUCUGGGUCAGAAGAAAGUAGAAAGGAAACAUAUAACCAAGAGAGAUCCUGGAUGUAGCUGGAAAAAAACAAGGAAAGACGUUGCCAAACUGACUUUUGAUCUUUACAAAAAUCACCCAAAGGAUUUUAUUGGCUGCCUAAAUGUGCAGGCAACAUUGUAUGGCAUGUACUCUGUGUCAUAUGAUUUGCAGUGCUAUAAAGCAAAAAGAAUGCUAAGGGAAGCCCUAAAAUGGACUCUCUUCACUAUGCAGACUACUGGCCAUGUUUUAGUAGGAACUUCGUGUUAUAUUCAGCAUCUUAUUGAUGAGGAUGAGAAAACGGAGGCACAACUGAUAUCGCCUGCAUGCAUCAUCAAGCAGUUACAACAUUAAACAAUGGUGUUUCAUGGCUAGGGCAAACUAACCAGAGUGCAUUGCUUGUUGAUUAAAUGCUUCUUUAAAUGUAUAUUUGUGAUUCACACAAAAUUGUAAACCCAAAUCUUACAUGUGAGCAGUUACACCACUCUUGAAUUAUAAAUUUCAUGAAUAUAUCUGGGGAUCGUGGGAAUGUUGGGGGGGUUAAAUGUGGUUUGCCAUAGCAAGGACAAUCAGCUGUCCUUCCUAUCGCCCUUAAGCAUCUUACAUGAUGGAUACUGAAGAUUAUCUGCAGUCCUCAUGCAGUCAGAGUCAGUAUAGGUCUCUGGUUUAGGGUUUUUAAAAAUACUAUCAACCCUUUCCAAUAAACAUCUGUAAAGCUUAUUUUAAUUUUACUAAAUUAUCUUUAAAAUACAUUAUCCUGAAAAAGGGACAACUCUUUCUUUCCUUUUGAUUACAUAUUACAUAUAUGGACCACAAAACCGGUGGUCCAUAUAUGAUAUUUGGCUGAGAUACGACUGUUUGAAAAUCUGGAAUCGGAGGGUGCAAAAAAAUCUAAAUAGUCAAGUUCAAGUUCAAGUUCAAGUCUGCUUUAUUGUCAAUUUCCACAUGUACAGUACAUACAUACAGAGAAUCGAAAUUGCGUUACUCUCAGACCCCGGUGCAUACAGAUUACAUUAACAUUAAAGCCUAAAAAAAAAAUGAGAUCAAAUAUAAAAUGUAGAUACAACUAUACAAUAAGGGAAUGAUAAAAAAGACAUAUAAUACAAUUAAAAAUAAAGUUAAAAAUAAAGUUCAAUAAAGCAGCGCAAGGUAAAUUACAGAUAUAGUGCAAAUCAAUGAAGUGAACAACAGUGCAGUUAAAAGAUUUUUUAGUGCAAAAAAUCACUUAUUAAGAAUGAGUCUUAUUAAGUCUGAUUAAAGUGACAAGUGACAAGUGACCAAGAGCAGUUAUUUAACUGACUGAUGAGGUAGUGGAAUGACAUCAGUUCCAUGCCGAAUGAGGUAGUGAGCGGUGAGUGAGCAGACCAAUGCUGCACAAGUGACUAGUGCAUGCCAUCA